AUGUUCCGAUUCCACAAAACCCUCGACAUCAUCACCCUCUUCCACAAAGUCGGGUCCCCAGCUUCGCAGAGGGUCGCGACUCUCCUCAAGCAGGUCUCUGCCAACGCGUCUAACCCGGCGACCCUGGACCAGGCGAGCGACCACAGUCACCAGACCUCGCCUAAGCGCGCCGAGUUUGAGCUCAACAUUACCGAGGAGCCUCCCACCGCCGACCAGGUCAAGACCAUCCUCGAAUACGUCGGUCCUAGCAAGGUGUCGAGCAUCAUCGCCGGUGCAUCGAACGAGAAGGAGGCGCUGAAGAAAUUCGACAUGGACAAGAACAGCUUACAGAGGCCACUAGUUGUGGACUGGAAUAACGGAAAGGCGACUACCUCUGAGAACGAGUCUGAGAUCCUCAAGAUGCUCAAUGCCUUGAACAGCAGCAAAUAA